UUAGCAUUUCCCUUGAUUUCCUUGGCUCACUCUUCAUCCCAGUUAUGAGACGGAAUGAGCACCAAAAGCUGGUUUGCCAACCGCCAUAAAACAUCAAAAGACGAAGAAAACAGACCUUUAUUUUGGUCUGGCGAGGUGACGUCAUAAUACUGCGACACGAUCCUGCAUCUGUGAUUCGACUGGAGAAAGGACAAAGUGUCUAAACACAGAAAAACUCCUGCGGAAUCAUCCGAGAUCCAUGUGACACAAAAUUAUAAAGAUGGCAUUUAUUAAAGAAGAGAGUGAAGACAUGAAGAUUGAAGAAGCGUUCAGUGUCAAACAUGAAGAUACCGAGACACCAACAGACCUGAUGUCGCUGAAUGAGGGAAGUCAAGAACUGAAUGAAACGGAUGACAAAGAUAAGAAUGGGAAACUGCAUGAUUUCAAAACUGAAGAAAAAUGUAUUAGUUGCUCACAGACUAAAAAGACUUCGUCACAAACUCAAAAAACAGAAACUUCAAACCUUAAUCCCAACAUGAGAAUUCACACUGGAGAGAGAACUUACACCUGCCAACAGUGUGGGAAGAGUUUCUCACGCAAUGGAGAUCUUAAGACACACAUGAAAAUUCACAUAAAAAAUAAACAAUUAAUAUGCCCUCAGUGUGGAAAGAGUUUUACACAGAAAAAAUACCUCACAGUCCACAUGAUAAUUCACACCAGAGAGAAGUCGUUCACCUGCCCUCAGUGUGGAAAGAGUUUCACAUUUAAAGGAAGACUUCAGACUCACAUGAGAGUUCACAAUGGAGAGAAGCCAUUCACCUGCGAACUAUGUGGAAAGAGUUUUACACAGAAAAGAUACCUCACUGUCCACAUGAGAGUUCACACUGGAGAGAAGCCGUUCAUCUGCCCUCAGUGUGGAAAGAGUUUCACGUGUAAAGAAAGACUUAAGAUUCACAUGAGAGAUCACACUGGAGAGAAGCCUUUUACCUGCCCUCAGUGUGGAAAGAGUUUCACAUGUAAAGGAAAUCUUAAUGUUCACAUGAGAGAUCACACUGGAGAGAAGCCUUUUACCUGCCCUCAGUGUGGAAAGAGUUUCACGUAUAAAGGAAAACUUAAUAUUCACAUGAGAAUUCACACUGGAGAGAAGCCAUUUGCAUGUGAUAAGUGUGGAAAGAGUUUUACACAGAAAAAUGGCCUUAAUAUCCACAUGAGAAUUCACACUGGAGAGAAACCUUUCACCUGCGAACUGUGUGGGAAGAGUUUCUCAUUUAGUAACGGUCUUAAGGUUCACAUGAUAAAUCACAAUGAAAAGAAGCCAUUAAUCUGCCCUCAGUGUGGAAAGAGUUUUAUGCAGAUACACUGCCUUAAAACCCACAUGAUCAUUCACACUGGAGAGAAACCUUAUACUUGCCCUCAGUGUGGAAAAUGUUUCAGGCACAAAGGAAGCCUUAAGGGUCACAUUAGAAUUCACACUGGAGAGAAACCUUUCACCUGCGAACUGUGUGAAAAGGGUUUCUCAUUUAGUAACGGUCUUAAGGUUCACAUGAGAACUCACACCGGAGAGAAGCCAUUUGUAUGUGUUCAGUGUGGAAGGAGUUUUACGGAGAACAAACUCCUUAAUGCCCACAUGCGAAUUCACACUGGAGAGAGUCCUUUCACCUGUGAACUGUGUGGGAAGGGCUUCAGGGACAAAGGAAGCCUUAAGGGUCACACUAGAAUUCACACUGGAGAGAAACCUUUCACCUGCAAACUGUGUGGGAAGAGUUUCUCAUUUGGUAGCAAUCUUAAGGUUCACAUGAGAACCCACACUGGAGAAAAGCCAUUUGUAUGUGAUCAGUGUGGAAGAAGUUUUAUGGAGAAAAAACUCCUUAAUGUCCAUAUGGGAAUUCACACUGGAGAGAGUCCUUUCACCUGCGAGCUGUGUGGGAAGGCUUUCCAACAAAAAGAAAAGCUUAAAAAACACAUGAAAAUUCACUAAACUUUUUUUUUUUUAAUUGUCAUUAGUGCAAAUAGACAGGAAUCAACUUAAGCAUCAUUCAAAAUCUGAAAAAAAGCCUUUUAUGUGCCAUCACUGUGGAAAGAAUUACGCAAACCUUGAGAGUCACACUGGAGAGAGAUAUUACUAGUGUCUUCAGUUUGAGAGGAGUUUGUCAAAGCAGCUUGAAAUGCCAUUUGUGAACUUAUUCUGGGUAAGAAAUUACCGUUUUCCCCAGAGUGACGAGAUUUAGAAAAAGGAGCAAUUUCUAUAAUCAUCUGUGCAUUCUUUCUCAAAGACAAUUCAGUUGUACUCAAUAUAUUAAGUACAUUUUUUGCAUUCACAUUUAAAUACACAGUGUAAAGUCAUGAUACCCUUUUUGUGUUCUUUGUUAAAGCAUAUAAUAAGAAACAUUUUCUGACACCAUGA